GAGUCAUCAGUCUUCACAGCUCGUCAACUGUGUCUGUGAAGGAGAAGAAUAGCCAAGCCAUGGAAGCUCAGCUCAGUGUCCGAGCGAUCCUUCUUCUCUCUCUCUUAUCGCUUCUCUCACUUCUCGCCAGAUCCUCCUCCUCCUCCGUCUCUCAUGACAUUCAGAUCGUCAACGCCGAGCGCAGAAUUGACUUGACUUCUCACAUUGUUAAGGUUUUCCUAACCUUGAAGGUUGAAAACAUUGGGUCAUCUCCUGUUUCAGAUAUAUAUCUUGCAUUUCCUCCAACGCAAGUUGAUCAUCUAGCGCUUGUCAAAGCUGCUGCAACUGUUGGAAAACGGAAGAAGAAAAGUUAUUUGCCCCUUGAGGUAAACCCAACUGAGCUACCUGAUGCGCCAAAUGGAACCAAGUAUUUCUCUAUAUCUUUGGUCAAUCCAUUAAGUGCGGGUGAAACUUUAACAAUAGAAGUGCUUUACAUAUUGACACAUUCUCUAGAACCAUUUCCAGUUGAAAUAAGUCAGUCAGAAUCUCAGCUGGUCUAUUAUCAUGAUAGUGCAAUAAUUUUAUCACCAUAUGAUAUUAAGAAACAGACAACAUUUUUGAAGACUCCAAGUACUAAACUAGAAUCAUUCACAAAAGUGGAACCGACAAACCGUGCUGGUACAGAGUUAAAGUAUGGGCCUUAUGAAAAUCAAUCUCCACAUUCAUUUUCACCCAUAAUUGUUCAUUUUGAGAAUAACAAUCCAUUUGCCGUUGUUGAGGAGCUUGUCCGUGAAGUGGAGAUAUCUCACUGGGGAAAUCUUCAGAUCACUGAGCAUUACAAGUUGAUGCAUGCCGGUGCCCGACACAAAGGGGUGUUUUCAAGGGUUGAAUAUCAAUCUAAGCCAUCUUUUAGUGGGGUGUCUUCAUUCAAAAAUCUUCUAGCAAGACUACCACCUGGGGUUCACUCUGCCUACUACCGAGAUGAAAUAGGGAAUAUUUCAUCAUCACAUUUGCGUACGGAUCCCUGGAAGUCAGAACUUGAAAUUGAACCACGUUAUCCUUUAUUUGGAGGAUGGAAAUCUACAUUUAUCAUUGGAUAUGGACUACCAUUGCAAGACUUCCUCUUCGAGUCACCUGAUGGUAGACGAUACCUCAACUUCAGUUUUGGAUGUCCUCUUGUGGAGACAGUGGCAGACAAGUUGACCAUCAAAGUAGUGUUGCCAGAGGGAUCAAAAGACCCUUCUGCUGUGGUUCCUUUCCCAGUGGAGCAGCAUCUGGAGACCAAAUAUUCGUACCUUGACAUUGUUGGGAGGACUGUGGUGGUUCUGGAAAAGAGAAAUGUAGUUCCUGAGCACAACUCUCCUUUCCAGGUUUACUACACCUUCAACCAAGUUUUCAUGCUUGCAGAGCCAUUGAUGUUGGCAUCGGUGUUUUUCUUCUUAUUCGUCACCUAUGUAGCUUACCUACACAUUGAUCUUUCUAUUCGCAAGUGAUUAAUGGAGUUGCCAGAGGUGAGUCACUUCAACUUGGUUAACACACAAUAACUGAGCCAAAUCAGAAGAUGCUAGGAGUGUUGUAAGUGAAUGUUGGAGAGCAUAGCAUUUAGAAAAUUUUGUUGGUUGUCUUCUUUUGGUGACUAUAGGUUGCAUUUAGAAAUUUUGUUAUUUGUGUAUUGUUGUAACAAGUUGAACUUAGGCCCCAUCUCCACUAGGGGAGUGUUGGAUUGUCUUAAUUUAAGAAAUAUAAGGAUUCAAAAAUGCUUGAAGAGAGAACGUGUUCUCAGUUUAUGUUUAUCUUUCUCAAAAUCUGGAAUGGCUGGACUUGUUUCCCCUGGUGGGCAAGAAGAUGAAAAUAAGAAAAGAGAAAUCGGCAACCCACAUGGCUUUUUUGGUGAUAA